GAACCAAAGCCAAGUCAAAGUUAUAUUGGACUUAUUUCCAUGGCUAUUCUCGGCUCCAAAGAUAAGAAAUUAAUACUUAGUGACAUUUACCAAUGGAUACUAGAUAAUUAUGCCUACUUUAGAACUCGUGGACCAGGUUGGAGGAACAGUAUUCGUCAUAAUUUAUCCUUAAAUGACUGUUUUAUUAAAUCAGGGAGAAGUGCUAAUGGUAAAGGACAUUAUUGGGCAAUUCAUCCAGCUAAUUUGGAUGACUUCUCCCGGGGUGAUUUCCGGAGACGACGAGCUCAGAGAAAAGUGAGAAAA